AACGCUCUAGGUUUCUGUCUGUAUCACGGAUAUUGCAGAAGGAAGUUAGUUCUUAUUUUCAACAUCGUAACAUCGUAUCGUUAAAUGACUCCUUGUCCUGCGCUAGACAAUAGAACAAAAUGUGCUGAAAACAAGUCUCUUCCUUCUGUCGUGUUAAUUUAUCCAAGUGUAUGUGCAAAAUGUGACACAUGUUUGGUUGUCUUGGCAUUUAGUGAUCCAAGUAAAGAUUACUAAAAUUAUGAGAUGUAAUUUACCUUUUAUGUACAUGAUUGUGUUACUCUGAUAAUGAUUCGUUAGCACUAAUGUGCUAUGGCACUUGUUACGAUUCGACGUUCUUCGAGUGUACAAACACCAAGAAAAACGGAUGAGGCAGCCAAGUCAAGCGAAAGCCCUGAGGACGAUGUCGGAAACUGUGUCAGCAAGAGGUAGCCUCAAUGAGUGCUACUUCGCGAACAAGGGCGCGGCACUGGUGCUCGCGGGCUGCGAGCGGCGGCGGUCGCCGGCGCACGCGCUCGCGCCGCCGCCGCAGCCGCAGCCCGACAUCCAGCACCACCUGCAGGCCAUGUUCUACUUGCUGCGGCCCGAGGAGACGCUCAAAAUGGCGGUGAAGUUGGAGUCGGCGCACGGCGGUCGCACGCGGUACUUGGUGGUGGUGUGCCACAACGACGAGGCCGCGCUGCUGGGCAUCGACUGCAAUGAACGCACCACCGUCGGCCUCGUGCUGCGCGUGCUAGCCGACACCUCCAUCAAGCUCGACGGAGAUGGGGGUUUCAGCGUGUGUGUGUGUAAUCAACAGCACAUAUUCAAGCCGGUGUCUGUGCAGGCCAUGUGGUCAGCGCUGCAGACGCUGCACCGCGCCAGCGGGCGAGCGCGGGCGCUCAAUCACUUUGCGGGCGGCGCCUCGCACGCCUGGUGCGCGCACUAUGAAGUCCGCGUGGACUCCGACCGCUCCUGCCUCAACGAGUGGCAUGCCAUGGACUGUAUCGAGUCGCGCCGACCACCUUCGCCAGAUUCGCUGAGGCUUAAACCACGCGAACGCGAUGAAACGGAACGCGUAAUCCGAUGCACCCUCAAAGAAAUCAUGAUGAGUGUGGAUCUUGACGAAGUGACGAGCAAAUCCAUCCGCGUUCGGCUCGAGGACGAGCUCGACAUGGACCUGGCCGAGUACAAGUCGUUCAUCGACCAGGAGAUGCUGACGAUCCUGGGCCAGAUGGACGCGCCCACCGAGAUCUUCGACCACGUGUACCUCGGCUCCGAGUGGAACGCAAGCAACUUGGAGGAAUUGCAGAGAAAUGGAGUAAGACACAUAUUGAAUGUGACUCGAGAGAUAGAUAAUUUUUUCCCCGGUGUGUUUGAUUACCUAAAUAUAAGAGUGUACGAUGACGAAAAGACUGACCUACUGAAACACUGGGACAACACAUUCAAAUACAUAAACAAAGCCAGGAACGAAGGUUCAAAAGUAUUAGUCCAUUGCAAAAUGGGCAUCAGCAGAUCCGCGUCCGUCGUGAUCGCGUACGCCAUGAAGGCGUACAACUGGAACUUCGACAAGGCUCUCAAACACGUCAAGGCGAAGCGGGGCUGCAUCAAACCCAACACCAACUUCCUCAACCAGCUGGAAACUUAUCAGGGAAUACUCGACGCCAUGAAGAAUAAGGAGAAGCUGCAAAGGUCCAAGUCAGAAACAAAUCUCAAGUCGCCAAAGUCUAUUUCGAAGGGCGAGAACAAAGUGACGGAUCCGACGCCGCUGCUGCUGGCGCUGACGGGCUCGUACUCGGGCCGACCGCGCUCCUGGUCGCCCGACACCAAGCUGGCCUCCGAGCUGCUGCCGCCCACCUCCGUCUCCCUCGAGAACCUCGCCCGAGAGACGCGACACAUGCUCAUGCCCUACGGCGACGGCUCCUACAGCGUCUCGCCCAACCAGAUCAUCCGCCUCAAGGAGGAGGGCGCGCCCUCGGUCAGACACAUCGUGCACGAGAUCGAGACCGCCGCCUGUGGCGACCGGCGCGAGAACAAGAGGUACCAGCGACUAAACUUCGGCACCGGCGACUCUUCCAGCAACAGAUCCUCCGACGCGUCCGUCGUCGGUGUGGCCGCACCCGAGCCGCCGGGCAAACCCCCGCAGGUGUCCCCCCUGCGAAACUUAAGUCACAAACAUCCCCCCUCAAAUAUAGACUCUGAAAAAAUACACACGUGGGACCCCGGGGAGCCCGCCUGGCAGAAGCCCGAGGAGAACAGAAACGAUAAUAUAGUAAAAAGUGACAGUGGUAUCAUAGACGUGAAAACGAAACUGAGUGACGUUUUAUCUAAUUUAGUCGACCGAAACGACUGCGACGAGAGGAGAGCCGUCGACGAGGAGGUUCCGCCGAGCCGGCAGAGCUCGUGGAGCUCGUUCGACAGCGCCGUCGUGCCCGACCUGUCGCGCAACUCGUCCUGGGGCUCGUACGACACGCGGCCGCGCGCCGACCGCGACAAGCGGCCCAAGGACGAGCGCGUCGCCGAGCCAGACCUCGGCAGCAUCCGCGAGCACAUCGAGCCGCGCCGCCGCGCCGACGUCUCCGACAACGAACGCAAGUUUAACGAAACCUGUGCCAUACUGAAGGAGUUCGUGACGGCGGCGGCGCGCAUGGAGCGGGCGCGGGACCGCGGCGCCUCCACGUGGAGCGGCCGCCUGUCCGCCUCCGCGCCCGCUGACACGUGGCUGCGCUCGGGGCCGCGCCGGCGCCGCCUCGCCGCCGCCUCGUACGGCGACCUGCCGAGCGCCGCCGCCACCGCCGCCGCCGCCGCCGCCGCGCCGCAGCCGCAGGGCCUCGUCAGCAACCUCAAGAAGGAGUUCGAGGCUCGCUCCGAGACGGACUCGCUGCGGCGCUCCAAGUCUCGGACGCGCGACGGACGGGAGCGGGAGCGGGAGCGGGUGCCGAGCUCGCCACCGGCCGGCGAGGACGUGUCGGUGAAGGUGCUGGUGGGACGGUGGGACCAGCCGAGCCGGGCGCGGUGCGAGUCUGCGUCGGAGCCGCAGCGUGCGCGGGACGUGCGCAAGGCGCGCUCGCCGGCGGAGGCGGAGGCGGAGGCGGAGCGGGCGCCGACGGCGCUGCGCAACUCGUUCUGCGGCGCGCUGCGCGGCUCGAGCGCGGGUGCGGAGCGGCCGCCGAUCGCGCCCACGGUGGUGUCCAUCCCGCCGCUCGACUACUCCAAUGUGGUGGUAUCAACUGUGAUGUCGAAAGCUCAAAACAAAAAACAAUUGCAACACGGGAAGACCCACCCUUUGACGAGGCUCAACUUGAAUCGGUCGAAUAACAAUAGAUGUUCAAAUCCUGUAUAUAAUACUAUGUAGAAGUAUUUAUGUUUUAUUUAUUUAUUAUGAAUGUAGACCGGUGAUUUGGGUGCGCGAAUGGUCCGACGGAAUUCAUUUUAAUAUGUCUUAAAGAAUUUGUCUACAAAUUGUUUCUAUGUACCUAUCUUUAUUAUAGUAUGUUUUAGGCCGCUUGUAUUUGUAAUGUUGACAAUGUACGCUACAUGAAAUGACCAGUCUAACGUUAAGAUAAUAAGGAAAACCGCCGACCGGCCCGUUUUAGAGGCAAAACAUUAAGCAUUUACGCUUUGCGCUUCGGCGGCCGCCGGACCAUUGGUGCGCCAGCGCAACCGAUCUAGUCGUAUGUUAUGAAUUCUUGCCAAACUCGAUAUUUUAUCCUUGUAGAGUUUUUAUAUACUGUUUACAAAAUGAAAUCACAGUGUAUUUGUCUAUCACGUAAAAUUGCAUUAAGCGGCUGUUUGUGCGUAGAAAAAUGUUAAAAAAGAGAAUAAAUUCAAUACAACUGAUGUACAACUUU